AUGGACGGACUGGCCGCCACCGGCUUGCUGGCGCUUCUCCUCCUGCUGCUGCUUUUGAUUUCUCGUUUCCGCCGGUGCCGGCUCUUGGGGGAACCACCACUUGAUAAAGGCUUUGUUCCAUGGCUUGGGCAUGCUCUGGAAUUCGGAAAAGAUGCUGGCAAGUUCCUCUCUGCAAUGAAGCAGAAACAUGGUGAUAUUUUCACAAUUAAAGCUGCAGGGAAAUUCAUCACAGUCUUAUUGGACCCCCGUUCCUAUGAUGCAGUGCUUUGGGAAUCCCGCUGCAAACUAGACUUUGGUCAAUACGCACGCCUUUUAAUGGACCGAAUGUUUGAUGUCCGGCUGCCAGAUUAUGACCCUAAUGCAGAGAAAGUCAUGCUGAGAGCGACUCUGCAAAACAAAAACCUUCCCUCUCUAACAAAGGCAAUGCUCUUCAAUUUGCAAACCGUUCUGCUUUCUGACCCAAAUAAAGCUAAUCGGCAAUGGGAGGAAGAAGGUCUGUUUCAUCUUGCCUACAGUACGAUGUUCAGGGCUGGUUACCUGACACUGUAUGGUAAUGAAAGUAAGGAUUAUGAUGACGUCUCCAGUCGAGCUAAAGACUUGGUGCAUUCUCUGGAAGUCUAUCAUGAGUUUUACAAACUGGACCGUCUUUUGAUGAAAGCUGCUCGUUCCAUGUUGAGUGCAGCGGAAAAGAAGGCAUUUAGCAGCAUCAAGAAGAAUCUCUGGAAGCUACUCUCUGUGAAAAGCCUGAAUUGCAGAGCAAACAGAAGUGUUUGGCUGGAGAGCUAUCAGCAGCACUUGGUGGACCUAGGAGUGGAUGAAGACAUGCAAACAAGAGCAAUGCUGUUACAGCUCUGGAGUACUCAGAGCAAUGCAGGACCUGCUGUCUUUUGGCUUCUCCUGUUUCUUUUAAAACACCCCUCAGCCAGGGCAGCAGUUCAAGGUGAAGUAGAGGGGAUACUUAGAACCAGAAGGCAAACAAUGGGACAAAUGCAGAUCACCAACCAAGAGGUUUUGGACAACACACCGAUUUUUGACAGCGCAUUGAAUGAAACGCUGCGUUUGACAGCAGCUCCUUUUAUCAGCCGGGAAGUCCUUCAAGACAUGCCUCUGAGAUUGGCAAGCGGCAGAGAGUGCAGCCUGAGGAAGGGAGAUAGACUUUGCCUCUUUCCUUUCAUAAGCCCGCAGAUGGACUCUGAAAUCUAUGAGGAACCAGAGAAAUUCAAAUACAACAGAUUCCUCAAUUCAGAUGGUACAGAAAAAACAGACUUCUAUAAAGAAGGAGAAAAGCUCAAGUAUUACAACAUGCCCUGGGGAGCAGGAAUAAAUGUCUGUAUCGGAAAGUUCUAUGCAGUCAAUAGCAUCAAACAGUGUGUUUUCCUUCUCCUAAGCCAUUUUGAUUUGGAGCUGAAAGAUCCUGACACAAAGAUCCCGGAUUUUGACAAGGAACGAUAUGGUUUUGGAAUGCUACAGCCAGAAAACGAUGUCAUUAUUCGAUACAGACAGAAAGAUCAGUGAAUGAAUGCCCUGAUUUCUCUCAAAACUCUUUUUUUUUUUGCAUUCCUUUGUA